GGGGUUAAGGACAAAGAUCCUCAGUCGCUUAAAAUUACCUCCUGAUGCUGAUCUUGUCCUGACAUAUUAUGAUCUAGGAGGUGAUGUGGUAGCACUUCAUGAAGAUGGUGAUCUGCAUGCAGUGAUGGAAAGGCGUCCGGAAUUUUUGAGCAUUUGCGUACAAAUGAGGCUUAAAAGGAAGAAGAGAAGAAGAAGGCAGGAAGAGGAUCAGACAACGUAUUUAAAACUCAGUGAGGCAAUGGAGUGUUUAGAACACAUAUGCACAAGAGGGUGCACGCUUGUUGGGCCGUAUGACAUGGAGCCAACUAAGAUUAAGGGGCCCUGCAGCAAGUUCUCCACAUGUAAAGGUCUCCAGCUCUUGAUUCAUCAUUUUGCCACGUGUAAGAAGAGGGUAAAUGACAGUUGCUUAAGAUGCAAGCGGUUGUGGCAGCUUCUAAGAUUGCACUCAUCAAUCUGUGACCGGCCUGAUUCUUGCAGAGUUCCUCUUUGUAGGCAGUUUAAGUUGAGAAUGCAGCAGGAGAAAAAGGAGGCUGAUGCAAGGUGGAAGUUGCUGACCCGGAAAGUUUCGAGGGCCAAAAUCAUAUUAUCUCUUAUCUCUGCCCCAUUGGAAAAGUGAGGAGCUUCAAGAAACCCAGAAUUAUGGGGUGUUAGAAGUUUCAGAUUAUAUAAUUGAUCAUUUCAGUAGAACAAGAUUUACUGGUAAGUAGUAACAUUGAAUCAUCAAGUAUUUACCAUACAAUUUUUCGUAGGAGUUAUGUAAUAUCUUACACUACAAUCCUACUUCCGUAUCAUUGUAUUGAUAUGGCAUUGUCCAUUAACCCUUAGAUCUUUUUUUAUUUUAAAUUUAAAUAUAAAAAUUAGGUGUUGAGGGAUAAUGCCAUGUCGAAGUGAUAUGAGAGUGUAGUAUUUAGCAUUCUCCUCAUUGUAAAUGGAUUGGAGCUUUUGAGUCCUUUUGUGCACCCGUUUUAGUAGUGUCGUGGCUAGCAAAUUUUGGUUCAACACUGUAUUUUCCCCCAAGAGAAUGCAUUUGGGGUUUGUGCUUUCCUGUUUGAAAUCUCUGCAGAAAAUGUAAAUUCCUUACAGCUGGGAGAUUGGAGAUUUGUGUUGCACGAAUAAUAAAUCACAGGCAAGCUUUGUACACUAAAAUAAUUAGUCGUUACAUUAA